AUGCCUUGCGUAUAUGCCAAACCUUAUGAGAAGGAUGGGCACCCAGCCGAUGUUUUAUGUGGGCUUACUGCAGCCGUACCGGGAACCCGCGCAAGUGAAUGCGGAAGCCACCCAGAAGCUGAACCAGCAGCUGUUUCUGAGCUCGGAGUGCAACAAUUUCCGUUUCCAGUGGCGAAAGGCGCUCCACCGUCGGACGAAGUGACGUUUUCAUCUGCUCGACGGCUAGGAGCUGCUCUGACAGAGCGCGAUAAUUCUCAACGUGAGGCAGACGGUGCACAAAGUGCCCCAGGCUCUCGGGUUCUUCCGUACAGCGGUUUGCAACCUAAGAAAGAUGCUCGGCAGAAUGCCAAUGACGACGGACUUUGUCCUCCAAAGUUUGAAGAGCAUCGAUAG